AGCACUGACAAACUGAUCAGCACAGGCUGAGAAACCAGACCCACAGUGACUGUCCACAGGCCCAGCUUGUCCUGGCAGGCCCUGGUCAGCCUCUGGAGUAUGGUCCAGCUGGGGCCCCCUCUGCUGACCCUCAUCCUCUUCCUGGCUUCUCAUGUUGGCGCAGCGGUGGACCUGACGCUGCUGGCUGACCUGCGCCUCGCGGACCCCCAGCGCUUCUUCCUGACCUGCGUGUCCCGGGAGGCCGGAGCCGGGAGAGGCUCGGACGCCUGGGCCCCGCCCCUGCUGUUGGAGAAGGACAACCGUAUCGUGCGCACCUUUCCGCCCCAGCGGCCCCUGCACACCGCCCGCAACGGCUCGCACCAGGUCACGCUGCGCGGCUUCUCGCAGCCCUCGGACCUUGUGGGCGUCUUCUCCUGCGUGGGCGGCGCCGGGGCGCGGCGCUCCUCGGUCGUCUACGUACACAACAGCCCCAGGGCCCACCUGCUCCCAGACAAGGUCACACAUACAGUGAACAGAGGUGACACGGCUGUGCUUUCCGCACGUGUGCACAAGGAGAAGCAGACAGAUGUGAUCUGGAAGAGCAACGGAUCCUACUUCUAUACCCUGGACUGGCAUGAGGCCCAGGAUGGGCACUUCCUGCUGCAGCUCCCCAACGUACAGCCACCAUCAAGCGGCAUCUACAGUGCCACCUACCUGGAAGGCAGCCCUCUGGGCAGCGCCUUCUUUCGGCUCAUUGUGCGGGGCUGUGGGGCUGGGCGCUGGGGGCCAGGUUGUACCAAGGAGUGCCCCGGCUGCCUGCAUGGAGGUGUCUGCCAUGACCAGGAUGGAGAGUGUGUGUGCCCCCCUGGCUUCACCGGCACCCGCUGUGAGCAGGCCUGCAGAGAGGGCCGCUUUGGGCAGAGCUGUCAGGAGCAGUGUCCAGGAACAUCUGGCUGUCGUGGACUUAACUUCUGCCUCCCAGACCCCUACGGCUGUUCUUGUGGAUCUGGCUGGAGAGGAAGCCAGUGCCAGGAUGCCUGUGCCCCUGGUCAUUUUGGGGCUGACUGCCGUCUCCGAUGCCAGUGUCAAAAUGGCGGCACAUGUGACCGGUUCAGUGGCUGUGUCUGCCCCUCCGGGUGGCAUGGAGUACACUGUGAGAAGUCAGACCGGAUCCCCCAGAUCCUUAAUAUGGCUUCGGAACUGGAAUUCAACUUAGAGGCAACGCCCCGGAUCAACUGCGCAGCUGCAGGGAACCCCUUCCCAGUGAGGGGCAGCAUAGAGCUACGCAAGCCAGAUGGCACAGUGCUCCUGUCCACCAAGGCCAUCGUGGAGCCAGACAAGACCACGGCUGAGUUCGAGGUGCCCCGCUUAACUCUUGGGGAUAGUGGGCUCUGGGAGUGCCGCGUGUCCACAUCUGGUGGCCAAGACAGCAGGCGCUUCAGAAUCAAUGUCAAAGUGCCCCCAGUGCCCCUGACGGCGCCUCGGCUCCUAGCCAAGCAGAGCCGCCAGCUUGUGGUCUCCCCGCUGGUCCCAUUCUCUGGAGACGGGCCCAUCUCCUCCGUCCGCUUGUACUACCAGCCCCAGGACAGCACCAUGGGCUGGUCCAAGAUUGUGGUGGACCCCAGUGAGAAUGCGACAUUAAUGAACCUGAGGCCGAAGACAGAAUACAGUGUCCGUGUGCAACUGAGCCGGCCAGGGGAAGGAGGAGAGGGGGUCUGGGGGCCUUCCACCCUCAUGACCACAGACUGUCCUGAGCCCUCAGUGCAGCCACAGCUGGAUAGCUGGUAUGUGGAGGGCCCUGACCAGCUGCGAGUGAGCUGGUCCUUACCCUCGGUACCUGGGCCGCUGGUGGGCGAUGGUUUCCUGCUGCGCCUAUGGGACGGGGCACGGGGGCAGGAGCGGCGGGAGAACGUCUCGUCCCCCCAGGCCCGCACCACCCUCCUGACCGGACUCACGCCUGGUACCCACUACCAGCUGGAUGUGCGGCUCUACCAUUGCACCCUCCUCGGCCCUGCCUCGCUCCCCACACACAUGCUUCUGCCCCCCAGUGGGCCCCCAGCCCCCCGAUACCUCCAUGCCCAGGCCCUCUCGGACUCUGAGAUACAGCUAACGUGGCAGUGCCCACAGGCUCUGGCUGGGUCAAUAUCUAAGUACAUCGUGGAAGUGCAGGUAGCUGGGGGCUCAGGAGACCCACUGUGGAUGGACGUGGACAGACCUGAGGAGACGAGCACCAUCGUCCGUGGCCUCAAUGCCAGCACACGCUACCUCUUCCGUGUGCGUGCCAGUGCCCAGGGUCCUGGUGACUGGAGCAACAUGGUAGAAGCAUCUACCCUGAGCAACGGGCUGCAGAGCGAGGGCCCAGUCCAAGAAAGCCGGGCUGCUGAAGAGCGCCUGGACCAACAGCUGAUCCUGGCAGUGGUGGGCUCAGUAUCUGCCACCUGCCUCACCAUCCUGGCUGCCCUCUUAGCCCUGGUGUGCAUCCGCAGAAGCUGCCUGCAUAGGAGACGCACCUUCACCUACCAGUCAGGAUCGGGUGAAGAGACUAUCCUGCAGUUCAGCUCGGGAACCCUGACACUGACCCGACGGCCAAAACCACAGCCCGAGCCCCUGAAUUACCCAGUGCUGGAGUGGGAGGACAUCACCUUUGAGGACCUCAUUGGGGAGGGGAACUUUGGCCAGGUCAUCCGGGCCAUGAUCAAGAAGGAUGGGCUGAAGAUGAAUGCAGCCAUCAAGAUGCUGAAAGAAUAUGCCUCUGAAAAUGACCAUCGUGACUUUGCAGGAGAACUGGAAGUUCUAUGCAAAUUGGGGCACCACCCCAACAUCAUUAACCUCUUGGGGGCCUGUGAGAACCGAGGUUACUUGUAUAUCGCCAUUGAAUACGCCCCUUAUGGGAACCUGCUAGAUUUUCUGCGAAAGAGCCGGGUGCUGGAGACUGACCCAGCUUUUGCCCGAGAGCAUGGAACAGCCUCUACCCUCAGCUCCCGGCAGCUGCUGCGUUUUGCCAGUGAUGCCGCCAACGGCAUGCAGUACCUGAGUGAGAAGCAGUUCAUCCAUAGGGACUUGGCUGCCCGAAAUGUGCUGGUCGGAGAGAACCUGGCUUCCAAGAUUGCAGACUUUGGCCUGUCUCGGGGGGAGGAGGUUUAUGUGAAGAAGACCAUGGGACGUCUCCCAGUGCGCUGGAUGGCCAUUGAAUCUCUGAACUACAGCGUCUACACCACCAAGAGUGAUGUCUGGUCCUUCGGUGUCCUCCUCUGGGAGAUCGUGAGCCUUGGGGGCACACCCUACUGUGGCAUGACCUGUGCUGAGCUCUAUGAGAAGCUGCCUCAGGGCUACCGCAUGGAGCAGCCUCGUAACUGUGACGACGAAGUGUAUGAGCUGAUGCGUCAGUGCUGGCGGGACCGUCCAUACGAGCGACCACCCUUUGCCCAGAUUGCACUGCAGCUGGGCCGCAUGCUGGAAGCCAGGAAGGCCUAUGUGAACAUGUCGCUGUUUGAGAACUUCACCUAUGCAGGCAUCGACGCCACAGCUGAGGAGGCCUGAGCUGCCAUCCAGCCAGAAACCUGACUCUGCUGGCCGGAGCAACCUCUACUCUCCAACCUGUGACUGACUUCUGACCCUUGUAGCCUCUGAGCUGAGCUGCCUUAUGGAAGUUUUUUUAACUUAAGGAAGAAAAGAGAGGAUCUCGGGAUGGAUCCUUUGCAGUUGCUCCUUACCACCUCCUGCAGCUACUCUUAUAGCUACUCUUCACAUCUUUCCUUCUAGUUCAGCUACUCUACAUAUGUGCUCCUCACUUCACUGUCCUCCACACUCAGACCCCUACUUCAGCUCCUCUACUCACACUACUAAAAUGCCCUGUUCAGCUACUCCUCACUCCCUGCCUUGUCUUCAGAAAAAAAUAAAUGCCCUGAGAAACUCCA